CAUUGCAACCGUUCUUAAAGGCGACUACAGACCAUCGCCCACGACUCCGCUCACGCCCAUCCCGUUCUUUGUCUCUACAACCUUCCUCCUUUUGACAAUACAUGCCUUCAUCUGAACCGAAGUUUCGCGUUGCGAUAUGUGGUGCAGGCAUCGGCGGUUUGGCGUUGGCUGUGACCAUUGGCAAGUUCUCGGACAUCCCGGUCGACCUGUACGAGGCCAAGUCGACCCUCAUUCCUGAAGGAGCUGGUAUCUCUAUCCGGCGGCGCACGAUCGAGAUCCUCAAAGUGUUGGGGAUGCAUUGGGACUUGAUUAAGAUCUGCACGCCGAAGCCUAACAUGACGAACGGUCCCCACUUCAGACUAUCUGACAAUUCGGAUGGAGGGCAUGACUGGUUUCAUCAGGUAUACCCCCAUGGAGGCCCCACCUCGAUGCACAGAACAGAUAUGGUCGACGUUCUCGUCAAGCACCUCUCACCAUCGACCAGGGUACAUCUGAACAAGCGCCUGAAAGCUUACACCCAGACCGGCCCGUCCGAGGUCACGAUGCACUUCACUGACGGCACGGAGGCGACGACCAACGUGCUUAUUGGCGCGGACGGGAUUCGCUCGCCGGUGCGCCGCGCGAUGUAUGAGAACGCUGCACAGUACGACCCACCACCAUUCGAUGUCUCGCGGAUGGAGGAGUAUUGCGAGCCAUCGUGGACGGGGUCGAUGAUCUAUCGGUCGCUCAUCCCCAUGUCGAAGGUGCUCGAGCGGUAUCCAGAUCAUCCUGCGGCGAAGGAUAUGAUGUUUAUGUGCGGCAAAAAUAAGCAUAUAUUAUCAUUCCCAGUUAACCAAGGCGAAAUGCUGAAUAUCGUCGCGUAUGCUACAGACCCUGCAAAUAAGGGUAAGCAUUUUGAAGGACGAUGGAACAGGGAUAUAACUCCCGAAGAGUUCACCGAGGUCUUCAGUGACUUUGAGCCCAUGGCGCGUGCUUUGACAGAGUGCGGCGAAAACCCCAGCCAAUGGGCGCUCUUUGUGACGAACGAGCUUCCUUUCUCAUCCCUCGAAAGUGUGGCUCUCAUCGGUGACGCGAGCCACGCAAUGACGACGCAUCUCGGCGCAGGCGCAGGCCAAGCCAUCGAAGACGCCUGGAUUCUCGGCCGCAUCCUCGCGAGCAAACACGUCAACAUGUCGAACGUGCCCCGCGCCCUGCGCAUUCACCAGGCCAUCUGUCUCCCCGCUGCGCAGCGCGUUGUACGCGAAAGCGCGAAGAACGGGCUGAUGUACGACUUCCGGUCCGAGGAGCAAUGCCACGCCCCGCGUUCGAAAGAAUCGCUCGACCGGUGGCGGAUGGACAUCGGCAAGCGCAUGGCCGAGUUUAUCGGCGCGAACGGGACGGCGGCGAACUGGUACGACGCGGAGCUGCAGCUGCGGGACGCGAUUGUCAUGAACGAGUCGGAGUCGGACGCGGACAGGCUGCUGCAGAAGGUUGCCGCGAUGUCGUUGACGACGUCGGACGUCACGAGUGUGUCGGUGCCGGUCAAUGUUCCGUGUAAUUGUUAUUCUUGUGCUGUUAUGUUGUCGUCGAGUUAGAACUGUUUGCUGCUGGACUGUUGCAUACUAGAUUGUUGUCAUACUAGAUUAGAAUGUUUUGUGUCUAUCUCCACCAUGCAGAUCAAUUGAUGACAUGCCUGAC